AUGGAGGCAGCUCUUAGCCCUCAGCCUCCUGUGGCGCACCAAGAUCCGGCACCAAGUGUCUCAGUGCGCAGCGCCCUGGUGGCAGCACUGGGACCGGCACCAUGGUUGGACUCUGAUCGAGAUCCGCGGCACCAGCGGUCCCCAGCACCGCAACCGACAUCAUUGGCUCGGCACCGCUCCCAUUCUCCCGGGAGACCAGCCUCCCUGGAACCGCCCGUGGAGACGUGUCCCAGAGGAGAGAGUCCAGGGGCACAGCCUACGGCCUCGGCACCAUUGACUCUGGGCCAGAAACAGCACUGGAAGCCAGAAAGGGGUGGUCCACCUCCGCAGAGACCAGCCUCCCUGGAACCGCCCGUGGAGACGUGUCCCAGAGGAGAGAGUCCAGGGGCACAGCCUACGGCCUCGGCACCAUUGACUCUGGCCCCAAGGGGAGAGACAUUGAGUCCAGUACCGCUGGACUCCCAGACACGCAGCAUGGUUGAGGUCCAGUUGCCAUGUACCCCGGAUACUUUUGCAGCUGCAAGGGAUCUUAUUGCCAUGACGGCAUCAGCAUCCCCUCAGCCACAUGCCAAGGCCCCGGGGCAAGCCGGUCCUGAUCCACCCGUCAGCACCGUGGGUCGAGCCACAGCACCGAUCCCGCUCUCAGCACCGUUCCCGCUCCCGCUUGCAGUCCCACUGCUGCUUGCGGUGCUGGUCGUACUCGCAGCACCGCUCUGCCUCCCGUCGCCGGUCCCGGUACUGCUCUGCUUGCCAGUCAUUGUGGAGGAGCAGAUCCCGGACCCGACGCCAAUCUCGACACCGGUCAUCAUCUCGGCCCAGAUCCAGAUCAAGGAGCCGUUCCAUGUCUCAGUACUGGUCCAGGUCCUGGCACCACUUCCCAGUGUCACGGCACCGUUCCCUGGUGCAGAUCUGUUCGGCACCACCAUGGCCCUCAUGUUCCGCUUUUCGCUCUUUGGGAUUAGAGGCAGGGUCGUGUUUUUCGGACCGUCGCCAUUCAGACUAUACCUGCCUGGAGUCAGGGGCUGGAUCUUGGCAGCUGCAGGGGCAGGGACCCGCUCAAGGGCCCAACUCAAUGGCCGUUCUGGACGCCCUGGGCGUACCACAAGGCCCAGGGUGCUCCAUCCGGGGCUUCCUGAUCAGCCCCAUCUGAGCAGCAAGUGCCAGAGGCUACCGCCAGUCAGCCCACCCUGGGGGGCACGGAGACUGUCGUGA